AAUCAUAUAUAGAUAUAAAUAAAACUACAAUUGCUGCUACUGACUAAACUCUCUCUUUAUAUGGGCAGUCUUUAUUAUGUGCUUUAACUUUGUGGGCAUCACCAAAUGCCGAAGAGGAAACAAAUAUUUUACUCUUUUUUACCAAAUCUCUCAUCGCUUUUGCUGACCAGAAAGGGGCAGGUCUUCGGGCAGGUCGUUUUAGGAAUUCUACUGUAGCAAACCGCUGCCCCCCUCCUCUCAUGCUGGGCCGGCAUUUCGGACUAACUGGGUGCUUGGAAAACAAAGCUGUUCAAAUUCUGUUCAAAUUCGAUUGAUGCAUUGCUGCUGAGAACGAGGCUCAGUUUCAAUAAAAAGUUGAAAUUGAAAUUGUAAAAAAGAAAAUCACCCCUCCCCCCUCUCUCUCUUUCUCUCGAAUUGGCAUUCUCUUGUUCUUAAGUUAGUCUUGUCUCACUCAUUUUUGACUCAUCCGCAGUUGGGGUAGUGAAGUUGGGCUCUUUUUCUACUCUCUUCUCUCUCUCAAACAGUCGCAUUCAGUGACUGUAUUGUGUCUGUGUGACUGUGUGCAGUGUGAACCGUUUUCAUCAAGAAAGGAAAGACUGAAUCUUGUGAGAGAUUCUUGCCAUGAUGCGAAUGCUGAAAGAUUGUAGCUUUUUUCCAAAUUUGAGGAUGCAUAUGUGAGAAUUUCGUUCUUUUGUUACAUCAGCCUUGCGAUUUUUUGUUAUUCUUGAGUUGAUUUUAGCAAAAGUUUAGAUUUUGUUGGUCUAGUGGGGGUGGGGGUCGGGUGCAAAGUGUUGAAGUUUGCCGUAUGAAAGAAUAGUGUGCAAAGAUGAAAGAUGGAAAUACCAAGAAAUCCGAGCUCUCAUGGUCGAAGAAACUGGUCAGAAAAUGGUUCAAUAUCAAGAGCAAAAGUGAGGAGUUACAAGCUGAAGAAGCUGUUUAUGGAGGUGGUGAUGUUGAAUGGAGGAACAGCUUUUCUGAGAGGGAACCAUCCAGAGUCAAGAAAAUUAAAACAGAAAAAUCAGCAAGGAACAUCGAGCGCUCCUUUUCCCGGUCACGUUCAAGGCGUGGGAGAGCUUACCUUGAUCACCCUCAGAUCAUAAACAUACAGAACUACAGCCUCUUUGUAUCGACAUGGAACGUGGGAGGAAAGACACCACCGGGAAAUUUGAACUUAGAUGAUUGGCUCCACUCUUCACCUCCUGCUGAUAUAUACGUGCUUGGGUUUCAAGAGAUAGUUCCUCUCAAUGCUGGUAACAUUCUUGGUGCUGAAGACAAUGGUCCUGCCAAGAAAUGGCUUGCUCUCAUUAAGAGAACUCUGAACAAUGCCCCCGGCAUGAGUGGAGGCAGCGGGCGCUGCACUCCCUCGCCUGUUCCUUAUCCCGUUGUUGAGUGGAAUGCUGAUUUUGAGGGGUCAAGCAGGCACAAGGCCUCAACAUUCUUCCCCCGUCGAUCAUUCCAGACACCACAGUGCUGGAGAAUGGAAAAUGACAUGCCUGCCCCUCAGCCUCGCCUUGAUCGGAGGUAUAGUGUGUGUGAUCGAGCAAUUUUCGGCCAUAGGCCUAGCGACUACGAUCCGAGGGGUUAUAGGCCAAGUGACUGUUCGUCGAGCCAGAGGGCAAGUGAUUAUUCUUCUAGCCGACGUCCGAGUGAUUAUUCCUGCGGACCCCGAGCAAGUGACUAUUCAUCCAGUAGGAGGCCGAGCGAUUACUCGUGGGGCCAGAGGGCGAGUGAUUUUUCGCGCUUGGGUUCAGAUGAAGAUUAUCCUCCUGGAGAUUCACCUAGCACGGUCUUGUAUUCGCCGAUGUCUUACAAUGCGUACGAGCCACCGGAAAACGGGUACUCCAUUCCCGGACACUCGAGAUACUCUUUGGUAGCUAGUAAGCAAAUGGUUGGGAUUUAUCUCACUGUUUGGGUUCGGAGUGAGCUGACAGAACACGUCAAGAACAUCAAGGUUUCGUGUGUUGGAAGAGGAUUGAUGGGUUACCUCAAAAAUAAGGGAUCCAUCUCGAUUAGCAUGUUAUUGCAUCAAACGAGCCUUUGCUUUGUCUGCAGUCACUUGACGUCCGGUCAGAAAGAAGGCGAUGAAUUACGACGAAAUUCUGAUUUCAUGGAGAUUUUGAGAAAAACAAGAUUCCCUCGAGUUAACAGUGUCAACGAAGAGAAAGCACCCGGGACCAUUCUUGAACACGAUCGAAUUAUUUGGCUUGGAGAUUUGAACUAUCGAAUAGCGCUGCCAUACCGCUCUGCUAAAGCACUUAUCGAAAUGCAAAAUUGGCGAGCGUUAUUGGAAAAGGACCAACUGCGGAUGGAGCAGAGGCGAGGUCGUGUUUUUGAUGGGUGGAGAGAAGGGAAGAUAUAUUUCCCUCCUACUUAUAAAUACUCACAUAACUCAGAUAGAUAUUCUGGAGAUGACCUGCAUCCUAAGGAGAAACGAAGGACACCUGCAUGGUGUGAUCGAAUCUUGUGGUAUGGUGGUGGCCUUCAGCAAUUAUCAUAUGUUCGUGGGGAGUCUAAGUUUUCGGAUCAUAGACCUGUUUCUGGUGUGUUUUGGGCGGAGAUUGAGUCAACACCAAACCGGUUGAGGAAAAGCAUGAGCUGCUCAAGCUCAAGAAUUGAGGUGGACGAGCUGUUACCUUACUCACAUGGUUAUACAGAACUCUGCUUCUUCUAACAAAGGGGGAACGAAAUGAAUCUGCUCGUGUCUCGUCUCUGGGCUUUUUCUAGGAGAGGAACGAUGGGGACAUCUCUCUGCCCAUAAACCAAGCAAGGAUCAGAUGUAGAUAUUUAACUUUACACGACGUCGCUUGAUUGUCUUCUCCUCCUUCUGGAGCCAAAAUUCAUUUUCAAGAUUCUUGAAUUCCCGGCACUAGGCGACUACCGAGUUCCAAAUGCACCUCGUUGACUAGGUAUUGUGUUUUGGUCAUUCCACGCCUCUGGUUGUCGAAUGCUCGAGUUCAUACAGUUGUCAUAAUGAUCAUCCAAGUGGGAAUGCAGGAUUCUUGUUUUCUUUCACUUUCUUUUGAUUUUUGAGAUUCUUUAUUUGUUAGACCUAGAUUCUUGACAAGGGAGUUAGAACCCUCUUUUUUUCUUUUUUUUUUUGGUUUUUUGUUGUAUCAUGAGUGAAGAAAAAGAAGAGAAAAGAAUGUGAUGUAACACUCAUUGCUAACGUGGUAUGAGAAAGAAUACUAUAGUAUUGAAAUUUGGCCAAUGAUUUAUGCUGAAAAGUUGUUUCUUGGUUGCCUCCCAUCA